UAUGUGACCUGCAUUUUUUUCCAUCAUUUUUUUCCUCGAUCGACUGACUCACAUCUCAAAAGACAUACUUAGUAGCUGAAGGAAACAAUUCUGUGAUACCAUAUUCGAACUUUGCGCCAGCUACCUGGUCUUGCUGCCCACCCAUCCACCCACCCAAUUCGCCCUCAUCACCAGCUCGAUUUGUUGUGACCAUCGAGUCGUAAAAGACCAGUCAUUUUUUUUUUUUUUUGUAUACACUGCAUCGUCCCAAUUGGAACCCAACCAUCGCCGCCAGCAUGCCAGGAGUCGACAUGGAGCCGCUCAAGGCCGAUGACAUGAGAGUCCUGGGUCAGGAUCCUCUGAUCCCUCCUGCUCUCCUCAUCUCCGAAAUCCCCAUGACCGAUGCCUCGCUUCAGACCGUCGUCAAGGGUCGCCGUGAGGCUGUCUCUAUCAUCAUGGGCCGCAGUGAUAGGCUCUUAGUCAUCGUUGGACCCUGCUCUAUUCAUGACCCGGCCACGGCACAAGAGUACGCCGGGCGUCUCAAGGCGCUAUCGGAAACGCUGUCUGACGACCUAUGUAUCAUUAUGCGCGCCUACCUAGAGAAGCCCCGUACCACAGUCGGUUGGAAGGGUUUGAUCAACGACCCCGACAUUGACAACAGCUUCAAGAUCAACAAGGGUCUCCGCCUGUCCCGGCAAAUGUUCGGUGAUCUUACCAACUCUGGCAUCCCCAUUGCGAGUGAGAUGCUGGAUACCAUCUCCCCUCAGUUCCUCGCCGAUUUCAUCUCCGUUGGCGCCAUCGGCGCCCGAACAACCGAAUCUCAGCUGCACCGAGAGCUAGCGUCCGGUCUGUCUUUCCCCAUCGGUUUCAAGAAUGGUACCGAUGGGAACCUAGGGGUCGCUAUUGAUGCCAUCGGAGCCGCCGCUUCAAAACACCACUUCAUGGGUGUCACCAAACAAGGACUGGCAGCUAUUACUAGGACCGCGGGUAACGAGCACGGUUUCGUCAUCUUAAGAGGUGGCACGAAAGGCCCCAACUACGACAAGGAGAACAUUGCAUUAGCCAAAGAGACCCUCAUUAAGAAGGGCCAGAAGAUGGCCAUCAUGGUUGAUUGCUCACACGGAAACUCCAACAAAGACCACCGAAACCAGCCCAAGGUGGCCAAGGUCAUUGGUGAUCAGUUGAGAGAGGGUGAGAAGGCCAUUGUUGGUGUCAUGAUUGAGUCCAACAUCAACGAGGGCAACCAGAAGGUGCCUGCCGAGGGCCCUGCCGCCCUCAAAAAGGGAGUGAGCAUCACCGACGCCUGUAUCGACUGGGACAGCACCGUCGCGGUAUUAGAAGAUCUGGCCUCGGCCGUACGCGCCCGCCGUGAGAAGAACGGCGCAGCGAAUAUCAGCAAUGAGAAGCCUACAACUACAAGGCUUGAGGAAGACUAAGAGAAGAAAAGAGGGAAAAGAAAUCAAGAACAAGGUUUUAUAUGUAAAGGAAAAGGGGCAAAUGGUAAAUAAUGGCAUCAAGUAUUCAACAGUGCAAAAUGGCGGGUAGAAAGCUUGGUUGUAUUUAGUGUUUCAUUAGCAGGAUAUGGCAGGCUGGGCAUGAUGAUGAGCGGUCAUUAUAAAAGUAAAAUACCUUAGGGUAACCUCAAUACAUAACACAUCAAUCACAUGGAAA